AGAGAAAAGCGAGGAGGGGAGAGGAGAGAGAGAGGAAGAGAGAGGAAGAGGAGGGGAGGCAGCAUGAAAAAGUGAGUGAGCGAUCAAGGGAAAGAGAGCAGGGGAGAGUGAGGGAAAGAGAGCGAGCACUCUGAAUUGUGAGUGGCUUACGACACUCAGUGAACAGAAGGUGCUUCUGCAUGCGCUGUCAGUGUACUGCUCUGCUGCAAGGGAUUGCGCGCUCCUUUGCUUCCCACAUUUACCGCCCCUGCCUGCCUACCAGCACCAGCCUUCAGCAGCCUCUUCCAGCUGGCUGAGAAAACACCCGGAGAGCAAGGGAGUGAACGAAAACUGCGAGCCACCGGGGGGAUGCGAGCGGCUUCUUAACCGAGAUGAGCCACUGAGAUGACAAGGAAUACUGUUACACAAGACAACAGUGAACAGGGUUCACCUCUUUAAAUCCUGUUUUUUUUUUCCUCUUCCUUGCAUCCGUCACUGAAAGCAUGAUUACCCGCUUGAAUGGAUUUAAACCUUACAAGUCAGUGAUUGCUUCCAGAGAUGGACGAUAAUAUGUGUUGACAGAUCUGCUGUAACUUAAGCAGGAAAGGGGAGGAGAAAAGAGCAAGACAGAUAUUUAAAAAGAUUUUUUUCCUUGGUCUUUUUUUUUCCCUCUUUCUCUGGUUGUCUCUUCUUCCCUCUGAUCAUUGCAGCAGAGGACUGCGGAGGAGCAAAAGAGACAGAGCUCAUGCAUGCAGACAGGGGAACUUGCACUUCCUACCAUCUAGCUGAAAGCUACUUGGAUUCCUUCUCUUUCUGGCUCUUUCACUUGAGGAGAACUAAGACAUUGUAAGCCUGCCAAGGAUCUGGUGUCCACUGAAAAGAGAGAAGGGAGGGGGGGAGAAUUUGUACCACAGUGGGGUCUUUUUUAGAUUCGCACAUAAUUAGUGUUGGGGCACAAAGCGAGACGCUGAAUGGAGAUUGUCAGCUUUUGGAUAGGGGUGAGUAGGAAUCUUUUCAAAUAAGAUCGAUCAAUGAGGACAAUUUUAUUUUUUUCAUCCCCUCUACUCUCCACCCACUGCUUGAUUUCUAACAUAAGCAGAGAGACUUGCCCUUUAUCCUUUUGCAUUUUCGACAAGGAUUCCCUUGGUUGACAAAGAAAUAUAAUACCGUUGUCUACAGCUAAAAUACAAAAAGGGGACAAAACAGCUUAUUGUAUUGACUAAAUAUGAUGUGAUAAAUAUGAUGUGAUAGGUGCAGAAAACAAUAUCCAGAGUGGUUCAAUGGACAUUUUCUCAGAGACAUCCCUGGAUAUUUAUGCUAAUGGAUUUCCUUCUAAUUGGACUGUACUUAAAGUGGCCACUGAAGAAGCCCCCUGGGUUGAUACUGUGUUUAUUGGGAAUUUUUUUAAGAACGGUUCCCUUGGUGGAGGGGGUUUGUCCAAGGCUGUGCCGCUGCGACAGCAAGCUGCUGUACUGCGAGGGGCUCAACCUCACAGACAUUCCCCGCAAUCUGAGCAGCGCCAUGGGCCUGUCCAUGAGAGAGAACAACUUGACCGAGCUGCGUGAAGGCCAACUGGUUGGUCUGUCACAGCUCACCUGGCUCUACCUAGAUCACAACAACAUUGACAUUGUAGAGGAGGGCGCAUUUGACCGGCUGAGACGGGUCAAGGAGUUAGACCUCAGCAGCAAUCGGAUUGAGAGUCUGCCAAAUGGUACCUUUAGGCCCCUCCCAAACCUGCGUAUCCUGGACCUCUCGUACAACAGGCUGCAGGCACUAGAGCCUGACCUGUUCCACGGCCUUAGAAAGCUCACCAAUUUGCAUUUGCGCUACAAUGCUCUCAAAUUUGUGCCAGUGCGGAUUUUUCAAGACUGCCGGAGCAUGCAGUUUUUGGACUUGGGAUACAACCAACUGCAGAGCCUGGCACGAAACUCCUUCGCUGGCCUCUUCAAGUUGACUGAGUUGCAUCUUGAGCACAAUGAGCUGGUUAAAGUCAACCUAGCCCACUUUCCUCGCCUCAUCUCUUUACGUACUCUGUACAUGCACAACAAUCGUGCCACUGUUGUUGUCAAUACACUGGACUGGACAUGGCGUUUUUUAGAGAAGAUUGACCUGUCAGCCAAUGAAAUCGAAUACAUAGAGCCACAUGUUUUUGAGAGCGCACCCAACCUCAAGGUGCUGAUGCUAGACACCAAUCGGUUGACCUCUGUGGACCAGCGCAUCCUGGAUUCGUGGUCAUCUCUGGACAGCAUAACCCUGGCAGGGAAUGACUGGGAGUGCAGUCGCAACGUGUGUGCCUUGGCCUCUUGGCUGAGUGCCUUCCGAGGCCAGCGUGACAAUUCCCUGCAGUGUUCAAGCCCCGACACCGCACAGGGCGAGGAUGUGUUGGAUGCUGUCUACGCUUUUCAGCUAUGUGAGGAUCCCCCAAUGGAGGUAACUACAGCAGGCCUGUACGCCUCGACAAGGGAUCUGGCCCAGGGUGGAUCUGUUUUCCUGGGCCCAUUUACUCCUAACCCUUACGAGGGUGAGGGUAGCGAGGUGGUCACCAGUUCUUUCACUGUCACGGUGGGCCAUGAUGACCUGGAGAGCACCAUGCAGAUCCACAAGGUGGUGACUGGCACCAUGGCACUCAUCUUUUCCUUUCUCAUCAUUGUGCUCAUGCUGUAUGUGGCAUGGAAGUGCUUUCCAGCCGGAAUAAGACAACUGAGGCAGUGCUUCAGCAGUCAGCGCCGUAAGCAGAAGCAAAAGCAAAGCAUGCAGCAGAUGGCUGCAAUUUCUACACCGGAGUACUAUGUUGACUAUAAACCCAACCACAUUGAGGGAGCUCUGGUAAUCAUCAAUGAAUAUGGCUCUUGCACUUGCCAACAGCAACCUUCUCGGGAAUGUGAGGUGUGACCCUGCUUUGUGAGUACGUCUUUACCUGUGAUUAUCUGGAUAUACCGUAAAUCCCUUUUUUGGAUGCACUGGGGAGGGGAAUAUUGCGGGACAGAAGGAAUAAAGGGAUUUUUUUUGGACACUUUUUACACAGCGUCUCACUGUGAUAUGGAAGGAGUGUGCUUUAUGCGGCUGACUAUUUCGCAGUGGAUUUACUGCUACUGCUAUCUACUGCUGAUUCGAGGCCACAGGGCAUAAUGGGCACCUGACUCUUGGACCUGUUGAUGUUCUACAGAAACACAGAGAGGAAUACGUUGUGGGCACUGAGGCUUUUCUCUCAUGGGUGGAUAUUUGAGCUUUAAUGUGUCUUUCUACUUCAGGACAUUUAAUUAUUGUUUAAAAAGAAACUGGGGACACACAAAAGAAGAAAAAAAAGAAAAAAAUCAAACCAUUUGUAUCAUGGUAAACACAAUAUUUGACAAGCAUUUAAAAUAUUAAAAAAAAAAUGUUUAAGUUGGAUUAAAAAUGUAAAAAUAAAAGUCUGUGUAAAAUAUGUCAAAAGAAAAAGUGCAAGUGUGGACAAAAAAUGAUACAAGAUAAUCUAUUUCUUUUGUAAACUACAAAAAAUGUUUAAAUAAAUGAAUUGCUAUUCACAGUAAACUCAUUUGUACGUGAGAAGCCUGUCAGAAAGGAUGAAUGACAAUAGACGCAGUCUUUGCGCUCGUGGACUGGAGAGCCAUGUCUCUGCAGUGUGUCGAACCAAAAAAAAAUGAAAUACAG